AUGAAUCCUUCCAUUGGAAGAUCCAGGAAUCCGAUCCUUCCACCAAUCCCCAGUGCCAGGGAUAGGAAGUUUCUGCUCAGCCUUGAGGACUUCAUAAAGACAGAGACUGAGAAACUGUCAGCUGCUGGUCAGUUGGAUGAUGAACAGCAGUAUAUUAUCUAUGGACAAGUCUUUGAGAAGUUAAUUGAGCAUUGUGCGGAAUAUCAAGACAUUCUUACUGCAAUCAAGCAGGAAUAUGAGGAGUUUAUUGAUGUGCUCAGACAGGGAGAAAUAGAUGCCACCCAUCUGCAGGCCAAGCUGAAAAGCCUGACAUCUGAGCCCACCACCCUCAUGUAUUAUAGGAAGAGGGCCACAGAGCUGGAAGAGAGGAUUGAAUUAAUUAAUCUGGACUCUGAUAGAAUUGAACGUGAAUUGCAAAAACUGCUCAAACAGACGAGCAUGAAGCACCCUCCAGUAAAGGAGAAAUCACCUGAAAAGGAGGAAAUAAACCCCUACUCUCUGAUCCCAGGCAUGUCUAUAGAAGAUUCUCUUGAUAUGGCCGCACUUGAAAAUUACCAGCAACAGUUAGAUGACAAGAAGCAACAACUCAUUUCCAGCAUGAAUACCAAAUAUGUUCCCAUCCAAAGAAAACAGGAACUGGAUUUAAAACUAAGCCUUGCCCUCCAAGAAAGGGAAGAAGCUGAACUAUUAAACAAGAAACUGAUGGACAGUUACCAGAAGAAAAGAGUCAUUGCAGAUGCAAUAUCGUUUUGGGCAAAAUCUAAUAAAAAUGUUGGUCUCUAUGAGACAUUAGCGGAAGUGAUAGAGAAAGAAAGUGAAUUGAAAGCUACAGAUGAGUCAGCACCCACUAAUGUGUUUGAUGAUCUGGAGCCAAGGAAGAGUAUGGAAGCUGAAUCCUUACUAGAAUAUGUAGAAAGAUUUAAUGAGCUGUUAGUCAGCGGACAGUACAAGGCUGCGGCUCUCUAUGCAGCUCACAGUCCCAGGGGCAUUCUCAGAAAUAUAGAAACCAUGGAGAGGUUUAAAGCUGUUAUACAGCCUAAAGACCAGGAUCCUCCUUUGCUGUUAUUUUUUGAGGCUGUCAUUGGCUCCAGUAAUUUGGCCAGGCAUCCUGUUAAUGCAGCACUCACACUGGAGGGAGUUAAAUGUGCUUUAGCCAACAAUAAGGUAGAACUAGUCGUUCAUUGGGUAACUCAACAAAGGGUGACAUUUUCUGAGCCUCUCGGCGAUGUGAUUUGGGAUUAUGGAGAGAAAGAGCCACAGCACAAGGUCACAUGCCUGGCACUGGCCCAGCUGAUCUACAGAAAAUGCUCUAGCCUUAGGAAGGCGGCUCUCUGUAUGUGUGUACAAGGACAAAUCCAGGGAGUCCUCGACUACACCUACCAGAGCAAACGCUUUUUAUUAGAUGAUUACCUAUUCCUCCUUAAGAAAUGUCCUACCAUGGAGCUUAUUAAUGGUUUGACCAAAGAGUGGGAUGGGAAGCCAGCAGCACUGUCUGUAGGUCAGGCUGUGUUAUCUCUGCUGUGCACAGAUCACAAGGAAUAUGGAUUCAAACUGCUGGAGAACAUUGGCCAGUGUGGAGAAGAUGCUCUGGAGCAAGUCAUUCUUAAUGAUGCAGUGUGCACAGCAGAAGGGUGGGUGGAAAUUGCAGAAGAAUGCUCCAACAACAACUACAAGCAACUGUCUGAAAGGAUCAUGUCUGUUGUCACAUCACAAGAUGGAGUAGUGGAGAUCCCCCCGAAAGACGAAGAUGCAAAAAUUAUGGAACACGUCUACAUGUAA